ACUUCAACAGUUCAACCAGUAUUUCAGUUCUCUCAAACAAAUAAUCAGUUGUAUUUGUAUUCAUCUCUCUCAUUCUCUCACUCUUUCCUCGGAUGACAUGUUGCCUUUAAUUUAUUAAUUAUUCUUCUUUAUUGAUAGUCUUGAGUAAAUUCUACAGACACUUGUUUUUUCUUUUUUCGAAAUUGUGGAAUUUACGGCUAUGGAUUGCGCUGUUGAGUGUUGAGACUUGAUCCUUCUGGAUAAGGAUUGGACGUACUAUAUAAGUUAUAGACAAGAAAACAAGGGAGAGGCAAGCAGCAACACUUUCAGCUACAACGUCAACGGACAAUUGAUUGCAAUUGGAUUUCUGAUCGUUAGUGCAAGAUCAAUGAAUAUGGGUAAGAAAGUUGGGAAACCAAGGAUGAGAAGAAGCGGUAAUAAGAAGACAGGAGUUGGGCCAAAUUUUAGCGAUAUUCCUAUUAUUCCAGAAGAGGUAUUAGCGUGGGAUAUUCUUCCCAGGUUACCAACUAAAUCUCUGAUGCGGUUUAGGAGUGUUUGUAAGUCAUGGAACUCCUUGAUCACCUAUGACACAAACUUUCACAACCUUCAUGUUAGUAGCAUGGAGCGGAAUCAAGGCAGGAGCAGAGGCAGAGGCAGUAGUUGGAUUUCUCUUGAAUCAUCUUUAUCUCAUUCUUUUGCAGAUCGAGUCAAUCUUCAUGAUGAAUCCUUUCGUUGUAGGCCCAAACCUGUCACUAGGCGCAUUAUUUUUCAUGAAGAAUCAGUGAGUUUUAUGGAUUCUAAAAUUAUUGAUUCAUGCAACGGGGUGGUAUGCUUUUAUUUUCCCAUUGGAGUAUCAACAAAUAGGUACUUUCAUCCCGUCGAAAUGUCAAUAAGAUAUGGAGGAGGAAAUUCCUUUCUGUGUUUUUGUAACCCCAGCAUCCAGAAAUCUAAAAGGGUGGAUAUCCCAUGGAAGCUUCCUCCAUUUAGUAGUUCCAUCUUCAAGAUGAUGAUGGGGUUCGGAUAUGCAAACCUAAGUAGUGAUUACAAGGUUGUUAUGAUCACCAACGAUAUAUCGCGGGAGGAUCAUGUUUAUGUCUACACCUUACGAAAAAAUAGUUGGAUAAAAACUGAAACAAAACCGCCAGCUUUAUGGACAGAGAAUUGCAGAUUAGAUGUGGGGACUUAUUUCGAUGGAGCUUGUCACUGGCUACGUAAAAUUGCUGGGAUUCGCAAAUUGGUGUGUUUCAAUCUCAAUAAUGAAAAAUUCCGACACAUGAAAUUACCCAAAACAACUCAUCCCGAAGGGUGGCCGGCUGAAAGGUCAUCAUCUUUUGAUGACGAUUUACAGAUCCUUGUUUAUAAGAAUAUGCUCUGCGUUUGGUUUACCUGUAUAAAUAUAACGGGAUCUAAUACCAUACAAAUAUGGGGCUUGAAGGAUCUUGGUAACCCCAAAUCUUGGACUUCUUUGCUCCAUGUGUGUAUGAAGGAUGACGGACCAAAGAAGUGGCUAAAUUAUAACCCUACACUUUUCGGUAUUGAUGCCCAUGGUUCAUUGUUGUUCAACAGUAAUGGUUAUUUGUCCUCAUAUAAUCCUCACUCUAAGCAAUGGAAAAUGCUUAAACUUCUUGUCCCUUGUCAAUGGCGCUUGAUCUCCUAUAAAGAAAGUCUAGCUUUAAUUGAUCUCGAUCACCAAACUGAUGCUGGUGGUGCUUUCAAUGGACCAAGACAAACGAGGCUGCCUGCACUGUCCACCGAAUUGAUUUCAGUAUUGUGCCUUUUUGUUUUCACUUGUUUAUUUUUUCAGGGAAUCUUAUUGUUCCCACUUCUUAAAACUUCUUUGUGCUAGUUUCCAAAAAAAACAAACACACAAGCACUCACACAUUAGAUUUGACUUGUAAUACCUCAGCAUGGCACUGAUUGGAAUUCUUCUAUGUCUAUUAAUCCACCAUAUAUGAGCAUAACCAAAUCAAUUAUUCAAAUCAAUAUUCAAAACCCCAAUUACAAUUAAAAAAAUUGAUUCUUGAAGUCCCAAUUAUAUCCCUCUCCCUCCUUUGGAUCUGCCCGCCAUUUGCUGUGUGGCUGUUGCUGGUCUCAGCUCUGUGUUGCUGCUUCGCGGUAGCCUCCGCUGCUUGCUGUGCUGUUGUGUUGCUGCAGCUGUGCUGCAAUUGUUGCUGCUUGCCGCCGCUGCUGCUCCAUUGAGCUGCUCUUAGUGUUGUGUUGGUGGAUUUGUUGCAGCUGCAUGUUGUUUGUUGCUGCUGCACUAGUUGUUGUGGUGUGUUGCUCUUGGGUGUUGUUGGAGCCCCUGCUCUGCUCGCUGUCCUGUUGUUGAUGUGUGCUGCUGCAUUUGAUUUUGAUGUGUGUUGCUGCUGUUGUGGUUUGAUGAGGUUCUCCACUUCUUUGUUGUUAGUGUUGUUGAUGAUGUUAUUGUAUUUUUGCAUAGCUGUAGCAUACGAAUAAGUUAGAAUAGCUGGACAAAAUAAGGUGCACCACUUUUAUGUUUUUAAACUGUUAUACAAAUUAUGGGGGCCUUUUCUUCUUUGUUCUUUGCGUAGGGGGUUAUGCUUAUGAUUUAGCUUCAUAAAGUAAGUUAUGGUAGCUAAGUGGAUGCAACUAAAUUUCAACUCCUGCAUGGUGAUAGGGAGGAUUUGGCGGUUCCAAUUCAAUCUGAUAUAAUUUCUUUUUAGAAGAAUUCUCACAGCAUAAUAGUAUGGAAACUAUGGUUUCAAUGCGUCUACUACGGUACUACCAGUGCCACUUGGUUGUUAUUGAGGUGAAGAUAUGUGAAUGGCUUUAAUUUUUUUCUAUCAAUAUGAAGUUAUCAUGCAAAUAACUGGUUUCUUUUGUGCAAUUAUCUGUAAACAGGGAAUGUAAUUGUAAGCGUUAUAUGAACUGAAUGUAUCUUUGCAGUUCUUUGCUAAGUUUGUGAUCAAGAUGCACUCUUUAUAUGUUCCAGUUAUAUGGAGCUAGCUUUCUGAAUCAAAUUUUAUGCUUUGUUGUUCUACGCAUAAUUCUUUUCGACUUUUAAACUUUGUUUGGAUAGAAAGAAAUGAAAAGAAAGGGAGGAAAGAGAAAAGAAGGGGAACAACCUCUCUUGUUUGGGUAAAGGAUUAGAGGAAGGAAUGGGAGGGAGAUUUGGAAGGAAAAUGAAGCUCACCUUUCCCCUUCCUCCUCUUUCAUCCCCCUUCUUAUUUGCUAUCCAAAAAAAGGAUUAGAGUCAUAUUCCAAAUGGAUUUGUGCAAAUCAUGUUUUUCAUUUUCGUAUGAAGCACUUAGCCUUAGCCUAUCACUUCAUCCGAGAACAAGUCCGAGCUGGAAACAUACGUGUCACUCAUGUUCCAACAGGUGAUCAACUUGCGGAUGCAUUAACCAAGCCUCUAGCUCGGGGUUGCAAAAACACAGGAAGGAAUUUCCCCCUCCAUACUUAUUCUAUCUUCCUAUUAUUUAGAUACUCUUGUUAUACUUAGUAGUAGAUAUUCUCUGUAAUCUUCUAUUAUAGUACAAUAUCCUUGUAUAACUAUUCUCUCUCAUAAAUACAAAGUAAGCUUUUCAUAUGUAGUACUUAUAUAAUUUGCGUCUGAGUUUGAAUAACUAUACGUGGGGCAUAGAUAGGAGCAAGUGAAUAUAUUCUCGGUGGUGAAGAAGCAUAAAUGACACCUCCCAUGCAUGACCCUCAUGUGUAUAUAUAUAGAUACCCACUUCACCUCCUGAAUCACAACACAUCACAAACAUACUUGCUAACUAUGUUACUCAGACAUGGAUUGAGUGUCUACUCAGAUACGGGUGUCCAAGUGUAAAAAAGUCAAGUUUUUAGUUUAAAAUGAACUAUCCAAGUAAAGUGUCAUGUUGGACACGACACUCCGUUUUUGAGGUAAAUGAAGGUGAGUAACACUGCUUGCUACUACACCUUAGAAUUUUGUCAAGUUUCAUUACCUUUCUUCUAAGCUAAGAAAAUGGCUGAGGUGCAGAUUCUUUACUGUCUUCCCCAUUUAGAAGUAUUUUUUUUAUGCAUAGUACUCAUAGUAUAUGAUUCUACGUUUUUAUUGUAUUUUCCACAGCAGCAAAAGAUUCAGAUGUACGGAACUUAUGGUUUGCAAUACCCUGAAAACUGUUCAAAGAAGGUGAUACAUUGUGGACGCGAUUGGUUUCAUCAUAUCUAAUCCUAGUGGAGGCCGUUGCUCACGAGCUCGAAAAUCCAGGUAACCUUGUUGAUUUCAAAGUAGAACUACUAAUCAUGUUGCUUUUACUAACAUUAUUUCAUUGUUUACUCUUCAUUCAUACAUAUAGAUUAGACUCGGCAUGGUGAAAAAAUAACCAAGCUUUGCCAGGAUUUGAGUCUAUAGAUUUGUUUCAUUGGUUGAAGACACCUGAUAUUAGAGUGAAUUUCCCGCAAAAGAGACUGGGAGCUUGAUUCUUGAAUCCCUCUGAACCUUUUUCUUUGAAGCGGAUUUUGAAUGGCUCUUUGAUUUGAGGAUCCUUCAAUUAUCUUCUUCGUCCACCUUAGUUUCUUUCUGCAACUUGCUAGGACUCUGUCUCCUCUUCACUUAACUUCUCAAGUCAUCAUGAGUCAUGACGCAGUAGAUUCCAAUCCUUUCGAGACGAGUAAGUGUGAUAAUCAGUAACUAGUUUUCAACUAAUGCUAAACUUAGGCAUUGGAAAUAGCUUUGAGGCGAAGCUUUGGGUUCAGAGUACAGGGAAUCAAGCUUUCAUCAGUUAAGUGGCUGUGAAAUUAUUGAUGAUCCUUAAGAGUGAUUUAUGUCAUUCAUAAUUCAUGAUUACUGCCUUCCAUUUGUCUUUGUCUGAGUUCGUUCAGCUCAUCUCUGUUACGGGUAUACUUUGUGGUCUAUAUAGCAUCCAACACUGUGCUACAAUGUUGGACAUCGGAGCAGCCGUGAUUCUUCCAAGAUAUGAUCCCCUAGAACAACGCUUGUAGUGUUUUUUUCACCUAUCAAAAAAUUUUGUGAAGAAAAAGUUCAGAUGAGGGCCAAUAAAUUCAAGCAAAGUUUGUGGGAUAGUCCAAAAAUUAUCAUCUUGUUGUCAUUGUUAUUAAGUUGCUUUAUAUGAUCAUUGGUGGUUGUCCAGGUGCCUUUUUCCGUUGCUUUAAUUGAUUUUAGUUUUUUCAUAAGAACUUUAAUUUACUCUAUUUAUACCUUACCUGUCUGAUAUUGUUCAGCGUGUUCAGAUGGUAUCAUUCUUACACCAGAAGAAAUUAAUGGGAGCAUAUGUGGUCUUCGUGAAUCAGUGCAAAACACUCUUGAAUUUAUUCAAUCUGAUGAUCGUCUUAAGGGCCUAAGGCUGAUAUCUAGUCGCCUGUGACUCCUGAAGAUGAAGAAAUACACCAUGGACAUACUUGCGAUUCUCCUGUUGGCGCUGGAGAUGAUGCACCCUUUCAAUGGAUUCAUCAUUCAUGUUCAGGUUGAGCUAAAGAAAGAGAUUGUCUCUCUGCCUAGUGUUUCUCCCUCGGAGAGAAUUGGAACAUGAGCCCUAAAGAGUGGAAUGAAUUGAUCAGUGACCCAAACACGGUUUCUUUGACUUAGUCAUACUGAUGAUUGGCCAGGUUUAUCAUUUGAGAGGAGGGAUUCUUAAAUAUUCGGAGUAAGUUAUCGACAAAACCGGAGGAGGAGGAGGAAGAGAAAGAUAGAGAGAUCACGAGCUCGGCAAAGACAAUUCAAGGUUUUGGGGUGUCAUUGGUGGUUCGGACAAGCGACGUCGACCAACACAUAGACAUAGUAGAAAUUAUUCACAAAGAUGGAGUAGUUCUCAGCUGUCACAAUCUAUUUAAGUUAGCUGGAAAUGUGGAGUGAGGGAGACGUAGAUUCUAGUCCCUUUUUUCAUCUUUCAAUUUUGUAUUAUUAAGCAAUUUAGCAUACUUGGAACAGUAAGUGAUAGUUUGUCUAAACUCUAAUUAUUAUUGAACGAGACAAGUUAAACGAAGUGUAAGAGUUAAGCUGAAAGUACAUAUUUAGACUUUUUAUCCAAAGGAAGGGUGUUUGACGGUUAGCAUUCUU